GGCUGCUCGUGACAUCGGAGACACAGAAUAAAGCAUCUUUGAGGAGCUUUGACAGUGAGCUGCCGCCAGCUUGAAAAAGAAAAUCUGACAGGUGAAAAAAGAGGCAAGUAAAGAUGCUCAAAAAGAGGACACAGGAGAAAGUGCUGAAGGGGACAGUUUAAAGGAGAACUGCUUAGAGAGGAAGAAGUCAGUGACAGAGUGUUGACAUUUGUCAUUUGUUGUAAGCUCUCAGAGGAAGUGAGUAAACAGCCUGUUUUGGGGACAUUUUCUUUAUUUUGGCCCCAAAAAAACAAAAGCCAGCAUGUCCCUGGAGGUGAAGGAGAAGACCCAUGUGCGUAUAGUGUUUCUGGGGGCGGCAGGAGUGGGUAAGACGGCCCUGAUCCAACGCUUCCUCCAAGACACAUUCGAGCCCAAACACCGGCGCACCGUGGAGGAGCUGCACAGCAAGGAGUACGACAUCGGCGGGGUCAAGAUCACGGUGGAGAUCCUGGACACCAGUGGCAGCUACUCAUUCCCUGCCAUGCGCAAGCUCUCCAUCCAAAACAGCGACGCCUUUGCACUGGUGUACGCCGUGGAUGACCCCGAGUCACUGGAGGCUGUCAAGAGCCUUCGAGAUGAGAUCCUGGAGAUCAAGGAGGACAAGUACACGCCCAUCGUGGUGGUGGGGAACAAGGUGGACCGGGAUAAGGAGCGCCAGGUGUCCAGCGAUGACGUGCUGUCGACCGUGGAGAUGGACUGGAACAACAGUUACCUGGAGGCUUCGGCAAAGGAGAACUCCAACGUGGUGGAAGUGUUCAAGGAGCUCCUGCAGCAGGCGAACCUCCCCUGCCGCCUCAGCCCUGCGUUGCGAAGACGCAGGGAGACCUUCCCGAAGGACACCAACUUCCGGCCGCCGAUGAACAAGACCAACAGUUGCAUUCUGUCAUAAUGGGAGGCAGAGAAGGAGACGUGGGUUGUUUCUUAAAGAGGGGACGAAGACAAGAUGAAGAGAUGGACGGUGCGCUGUGCAACAGACAGCUGCUGGACGUCUGUCAGUGUUGGUGUGAAGUGACGAGCUGCCUGAUCUGCGAUAAGCGAUCUGGACAAACUUCCUCUGAGAGCUGAGAGGAAAAGAAACCGAGGAGCAGAACGGUGUUAAGACUGAACUGGAACUGAAGGGAGACACAUUCAUUUCUCAGUCGUUUACUUGAUGUAACGUUGUUGCUGCUUAUUUGGUGACAUGCUGCUGGUGUUUAGAUCAAUGUAGAGCUUUUGAAUUUAUGAAACUCAACUUUGAGGAUCUUGGACUGUUGCUGACAAACUGUUUACUGAGACAAAGACAUCUAUGUUGUGGUUUGUGCCAAAUUUGUGUUUCUCUUGUAAACUGUUUUUAACUUACCUUCUCACCUGUAGCAUAACAUACUGUUUACAACCGUUUGUAUUCAAUCUCAAUUUGCCAUUUAAAGCGUGUCAUUACUCUUAUGUUUAACCAAAUGUGCGAAACGCAAACGUGUAGCUACAAAUGCACUUUUUCAUUUUUGAACUGACCAUUAAAAAAAUGAUGUUUUUUUUUUUUAUAAAUUCAAAUAUUUUGUAUCAUUUCAUAUUAUCACAAAUAUUAUUUUGCUGUUUAUAUGACAAAUAUCGGUGGAAUGUGAAUGUAAAUGUGGAAUAAAAGACAAAAAAUUACA